AUGACCACCAAGAGGAAGAGUCAAGGCUCGCCAGGGCCAGAACCAGCCACGAAGUCUCGACGGAUAGAGUCGAACACAGCUUCUUUGCAAACCAGCUUGCCCUCUCAGACACAUUUGGAGGACUCGAAUUUGUGCCAAGUGAUUCCUGAAGCUCAGGUUCAUGACCCUGAAGAUUAUUUCGAAGACGCAGCCUUUGAAGACCACGACGCUGAAGGGAGUAUUUCCACGACCAGCGAAGGAUUCGAGAACAGAGCCCUCGAUAAUGGUGUUCUCGACGCCGUAAGAUCCGGAAAACAGGCGGUGGUGGACUCGGAUGCCAAGAAGAAAUUACUUGCUUCCCGGGGAUCUGCAUCGCCGACUCAGUCACAAUACAACAAAUUUGCGGACCGGAUCGUCGAAGCGUCAAACGAGCAGGGCACCAUCGCUGUCUACUCGAAAUACAUAUUUCAAGACACCGAGGACACCCAUUUCGACAUUGGCUAUCGAAGAAAGGAGGAUAAGAUGUGGAUCGAAUUCCCCAAGAACGUCGGUUUCAACAAUGGUCUGUCAGCUCCUAAGCCUGACAUGAUCGAAGGUUUCUCAAGGGACACGUUCCCCCCAACAAUCGAACACAUUAAAGCAUCAAGACUAGUCAAGGACGAGCCCAGAUAUGUCGCAUUGCCUCACGUGGCCGUAGAGUACAAGGCACGCGAGAAAAGCUUGCACAAGGCUAAGGUCCAAGCAGGUUACGACGGUGCCGCUAUGGUCUACGGGAGGAAUGAGGCUCUGAAGUACAUUGGGAAAGCAGAUCCCCCACGACAACCUGCGGUACUGACUGCCACGACUAUUGGCCAGGAAUGGAACGUUUACGGUCACUACGCUCAUCCUAAUGAUUCUACCGGCAAGGAAGAAUACUAUCAAUGUCGCAUGGCUGGUGGGUCGAUGGAAAACCUGAGCGAGUAUAAGCAAGGCCGCAAGGUCCUGAGGAACAUGCAGGACUUCGCCCGCGAACAAGCUUCGGACCUGCGAGAUAGCAUGCAAAAUGACUACGAUGAGCACGGUUCCCGUCAGCUCGGCCAGCGGGCUGGCAAAAAGACGGGCAGCAAUUCUCUCGCCUCCAUAUCACCAUCCGUUGGGUCUGAUGGGAACGGCCAACCACGCCCGCAAGGCCAAGUGACGCCUAAACUCGUCGCCACUUCCACCCAAGCAGAUGAUGCCGCCACCAACCCCUCAUGUCCAGCCACACAGGCCAUCGACUACCGUUCCUGCGGCCCCUCAGAAGCCCCCAAUACACAUCAGAAUAGCCCUGUGCGGGCCGCCCCGUCGAACUCCAUCUGGACUUGGUGGCGGAGCCCAGUUGCCGCCGGCCCAGCCCAAGUCUAA